GCCGCAGUUAGCUGACAUUGGUUGCGAUCUCCAGCAAACUUAGAGUGCCGACGUUGCUCACAUUCAAAAAAUGAGUGGCUUUAAGGGGAUCAUAAAGGAUGGGUGGCAUCCGAAGGGAAGAGACGGCGGACGAGAGAGCUGGCGUGACGACUUCAAGGGGAUCAACCAAGUGGCCGGAUGGGUGGGAAAAGGAAAAGAUCCCAAUGCCAGCCAGAGAACGGAGCAUGUUGCACGCCCACUGUCGAGCCUGAAGGAUCCAUCGUCUUUUGCACCACCUCCGAAACGCAGCAACACUGGGAACGGGGCGUCAUACACCCCUCCUCCGGUUCCAUCCCGCCGGCAAGCUGAGCAGGAGACAUCGAUGAAACCUGCUCCUCCGCCAGUCCCUCAUCGCGCGUCCACCACAGGCCUCUCAACCAACCGCUUCCCGACGCCUCCCGUGCGGCAGGGAGGUGACGGCACAGCGACAAAAUCAAAACCGUAUCUACCACCACGGCUUCCUCCCCGAGAAGCGCUGCCCACCACUGCUUCCUCUCCACCUCCUCCACCCUACGAAGCCGUUCAAAGAGCGACAGAGCCGUAUCUGAGCCAAGGUGCCACGAGCCGUCUGGCAAAGGCUGGCGUCUCGGUUCCAGAAUUGGGCAUCCAGCGUCAAGGAAACAAUACUUCAAGCUCUCAGAGCCCAAAUUACGCUUCCACAGCGAUCAACGCCACAAAUGAAUUGCAGUCGCGAUUUUCGCGGUUGAACACCUCCUCUUCUUCCCCUGUUUCCUCUACUCCUGCCGCUACACACUCUCCCGUACAAGGCGUCACUCCCCAACAAUUCCAAACCGCAGCGACCGCAGCUUCACAUAUCGCAUCCCAGCCCGCCGUCCAGCAAACUAUUCGCAGUAACGUCUCCCCUGGACUGCAUCCGGCCCCCCCAGGACGCACAAACAGCUUCCGAGACCGACACGAAGACCAAAUACAGUCUGUGAAGGGCAAGCUUAACGGAUUAAACCAAAAAUAUGGGAUUACCAAGCGGAUCAACGAUUUUAUAGAAGACCAGAAGUCGCCAGCUUAUCCAGAUGCUCCUCCACCUCCGCCGGGGCAUCCCUCAAGUCAACCAGCUAUCCCAAAUCAUCCAUAUUCCUCGCCAAACACGUCAAGGCCCGAUCUGGAUGCAUUGAACAAGAGAAAGCCACCACCUCCGCCACCACCGAAGAAGGCAUCCAUGCAUUCAAAGCCGGUUAAUCAUUCCCCGUCCCCACCACCCCUCCCGUUGAACACGAAGCCGCGAUGAGUGCUUUCUUCCCCUUUUCUUUUUUCUUUUUUCUUUUUCCUUUUUUUUUUUUUUUGUUCUGUUUUCUUUUACUGUUUUAUGCAUCAUCACCGGUCAUAGGCGUAAGGUUCGGACGGUUUAGGCGGGUUUUAGGCAUUUUAUUUUACACUGCGAGAAAUUUUAAUUAACCACCGGGAAGUGAGUAAGAAUAUACAUUUAUACUUGUAUACAUACAUCCCAAAGAGAGUCAGCCGUGAAGAAGAUAGAGUAACCCGCGUACUGACUAAUAAAUGUGUAGAUACCUAUGAAUUGCCAACUUGAAAA